CUAGCUAGCGUUAGCUGGGUAGCUAACAUUAGCAAUCCAGCUAGAUAGCUAGCUGAAUUGCCAUAACAGUGCGUUAGCUGGCUAGCUAACUAAUUAGCACAGUCAAUUUGCUGCCAUGCAAUGUAGCUAUAGACAAGAAGAAAUAGCCAGCAGAGGUUGUUUUGAUGACGUUUGAGAUGGAUAAUCAUGUCAUAUUACUUGUACUGACCUGAUGGAGGGUUACCUGAUUUGCCAUCGGGACCGUACAGUAGCUAGCUAACGUUAGCUGACCACACUAGCCAGUCUGAAUGAUUCUGAAGAUGCUAUUCAGAAUGAUGAUGAUCUUCUUUGGACCACAGCCUAGAUAGCUCAGUCAAGGCAACAAUGUUAGUGAGCUCCAUACCUAGCUAGCUAAGAAUUGAACUAGCUAUGUUUUUUUGCCAGGGAGCAGAGGCAAAGGAGCAUAAUCAUCAUUAGGCUUAUCCUUAACAGGAUCCAACUAGGUUUGGAUUUGGCAAUAAACAUUAUGACUAUGUGAGAGAUACAGGAAGUCAGUGGCUCUGCAUUAUUUAAUGAAACACUGAUAUAACUCAUCCUCUUUUCACAGACAUUUAAUCCUGCUGUCCAGCAUGAUACACCGCAGUUCUCAAAUGGCUGAGUGGUAGGUAGUCCAAGCCAUGUGGUGGUCGUGGCCCCUGCUCCCUGCCCUGGUGCUCUUCUCUGUGCUGUCUGUGGUACGAGUACAGACUGCACCAUGUCAGACCUGCCGCAAACUCACUGACAGCUUCAUCAAGGGCCUGGAGAAAACAUCCAAUAAAAACUUUGGGGGUGGGAACACUGCUUGGGAGGAGGAGAAGCUGGCUAAAUAUGCUCGCAGUGAGACCAGGCUGCUGGAGAUAGUGGAGGCAGCAUGUGAGAAAUCUGACUUUGACUGUAACAAACUGCUGGAGCAGAUAGAGGACCAAGUGGAGACAUGGUGGUUCCACCGGCAGCAGGAGGCUCCAGAUCUAUUUGACUGGCUGUGUAUAGAGGAACUCCGACUCUGCUGUCCCCCGGGACGCUUUGGACCAGACUGCAAAGAGUGUCUGUCUGGUCCUGGAGGUGUGUGUGGUGGUCUGGGUCGCUGUGAGGGAGAGGGCACACGUCUGGGAGAUGGAGAGUGCGUGUGUGAUCCGGGGUACUUUGGUCAGCUGUGUCAGAGCUGUGCAGACGGCUACUACAGAGAGAAGAGCUCCAAUCACAGCACACCAGCCUGUGCAGCGUGCUACCACUCCUGUAAAAAAUGCUCAGGGCCAGAGGACUACAAAUGUGUGGACUGCAAACCUGGGUGGAUCCUCCAUGACAACAAGUGUGUUGACACUGAUGAGUGUGGCACAGAGCUGGCUCGAUGUCCCUCCAACACAUAUUGCCACAACACAGAUGGAUCGUACGAGUGCAGAGGCUGUGACCAGGCAUGUGUGGGCUGUAUGGGCAGUGGUCCUGCCCGCUGUAAGAAAUGUGCUAGGGGAUACAAGCUCAGAGGAGCCAAAUGUCUUGAUGUCGAUGAGUGUAGUGAGAGGGCGAUAGCGUGUCCAGGGCUGAAUGAGGCAUGUUUCAAUGAGGAGGGCUCCUUCCGCUGUGAAUGUGCUGAUGGCUUCAUCCGCAGGGACAGCAUCUGUGUGGAGAACCAGCCUCACAGUGGUCCAGAGAAGGGUCUGUUUGAUGACAUGACUGAUGACGAGGUCCUGGUCCUGCAGCAGAUGUUCUUUGGCGUGGUUAUCUGUGCCCUAGCAACGCUUGCCGCUAAGGGCGACAUGGUCUUCACUGCCAUUUUCAUCGGGGGCGUGGCCGCCAUGGCCGGAUACUGGCUGUCAGAGAAGGGCGAUCGCAUGCUGGACGGCUUCCUGAAGGGACGCUAGCCUAUCAGGAGCCAGGGAUACAGGAAAGAGGAAGGAACUCAUUGAGUGCAAGCCAAUGCGAGCGACAAAGACUCAGAGGGGGUGGGACGGCUACAGGAAUGCUAGCCAAUCAGGGAUGUACUGUACUACUUUGGGGUGGUAGGGGUUAGGGUGGGGGAAAAGAGGUCCUAAAGGAUGCCUUGAAAGGGUUUGGGAUUAUUGUGGGUCUUCUGGAAUAUGACAUUUCCAGAUGUUAGAGGGAGGUGAAUUAGAGAACAUGGAGCUCAGAGGAAGGUCAAAUCAGAGAGCUCAAUGGAGUGAAUAUAGAAGAAGAGCAGGUACUACUUGAUCCAAAAACACUGAGAGACACUAAGGAGACUGGAGUGUCUGUCUGCACUGAUAUGGGAGACAAAACCCAAGCCUCUUGCCUCGACUCGGGUGUAGGAAAGGGACGGAGUGGGGAUAAGACCACUACUGAUUGUUACCAAGUUAUUAUGCAUUUGUAUCUUCCACUGGCCAAAAUGUUGCUCCAAAAUGAUGUAUGGUUGAAAACCAGGUCGCGGGUUUGAAUUCUCGAGCCGACUAGGUGAAAAAUCUGUCGGUGCCCUUGAGCAAGGCACUUAACCCUAAUUGCUCCUGUAAGUUGCUCUGGAUAGGAGCGUUUGCUAAAUGACUGAAAUGUAAAUGUCUGUCCAUUUCCACUAAUCGCAAAUCAAACUUCUUAGGCACCACUUACCCCAUCAGCAUCUCCUGUUCAUCAUUUCACCUUUUACUGAGGAACAGAGGGUGUUCCUGUGGUGAUGGGAGAUGGAGGGUGUGAUGGGAUGGUCUUUGCACUGAAGCACUGAAGACUUGUGGACUUGUUUAGGAAAGGACUGAUGUAUCCUGUUGCGCCAGUUGAAUUCCGUCCAAUGUUAAAACACUGUUUAUUUAUAAUCCUGUUCCUAUUAUGACUGUAUUUAUCUGGGUUUUUGCACAGACAGAUUCUUGCUGUAUGAAUGCAUGAGAAAAGGAUCUGAGAAAGGCGAUACUGUAUGUAUUAUCCUCUGAUUGGCAUGGAAGACUGAACUUUAUAGAGCUGCUUGUUUCCCCUUUAAACUGUACAACCAGGAUACAAGGAUAAUCACUACUGCUUCACCACCCCCUAAACCUACUGCCUAAGCAAUGUGUGUGAGAGAGUAAAAUACUGCAGUCCUAUUGAAGAUGUCACCCAUGUUUUGCAAUAGUUGUUUUUGAUGAUUUUUAUUUAUCUGUUUGAUAUGUGUGAUACAUUGAGUUUGAUCAGUACCAGGUAAUAUGGAGUGCUGUACAAUGAAAUACAGAAGUGUAUUUUAUCAGAAGUGUCAACAUUUGCAGUUGAAGCAACUAAAUUAUAUCUGAUCAAUCAUAUCCCUCCACAUUGUUCCACCCUCAUCCUGAGUAGCUACUAGAUCUAGCACGCUUAGCAGUGUGUGUUAGACCUACGUUUCAACUGCAGUUCUUUGCAUUAUGACUAGUAUUAAAAAGGAAGAAUUCUGA